AUGUCAUUGACCUGCUCAUUUUUCCUACUCGGGCCAUGGCUCCGGCCAGGCCAGGCCAGGGCCAAGCCAUGGUUGAGGGCUUUGGCCCGGCCUAUGAUUUCUGAAAGCCCUGGCCGUCUGCAGCCAGGCCAAAGCCGGGGCUUUCGAGCCAAGCCAGGCCGGAACAACACUAUACAGGAGGCGGAAGUGCAGAAGGAGCAUGCAGAAGCAGAAAAGAAGAAACCGAAAAUGAAUGGAUUCAAGGAAGCCUCAACAGUAGGAGACUUCUUGGCUCCCUGUCCCUCCCAAUACGCAGUUCAAAAGCUCACUAAUUUUGAAUACAUAGAGCUAUGGUAUUUUUCUCCCGACGGAUGCAAGGAAGCCCUCAAAACUUCAAAAUCCGUCGCAGAUGACUACGGUCUAACCAAAGUGGACGACCAGCUCACCAUUCGUCCAGCGUCAGCCUUUAAAGCCUCGAAGGCAGCACUAGCAGAUCACGAACUACCUUUCUCAGUUUUCCUACGAGCGAAGAACAUGUUCCUCGUUCAAAUCAGCCAGGCCAAAUGGCCCCAAACCCACGUCGACACUCUAUCGCUUUUCUUCUGGUGUCUCGAAAACCACGCGAUUCGCAACCACAGCGACAUCGGAGACAUGGUUAUCCUUAACUACGCUUCGAGGGUGCGCCAUGACUGGCACGACUGCUUGAAGCGAGACGAGGGUUUCAAUAUCGGGAACCUCAACGAGACUCUCUUGCGCACAAUUAGCGAAGAACUAUGGGACAAAGUGCGAUCCCGAACCCUGGCCUUGCCUGUGCCGUAUGUCUGGGCUGCUUUGCACACGACAUUCAUCACUGCAAUUCCAGCAACCUCUGGGAUGGAUCCAAUGCCCAUUGCCGUCGAGCACAGGAUGGCCGAAUCAUCAACCCUCAAGGACUCCUGUUGGAUUAUCGACUCUUCGUUUCUCUUUCUCAUUCCUAGAAUUCCUACUAUACACUCGUUGUCUCUCAAUGCUGAGGUACUACGAAUGUUACAGUCGUUGUCUCUCAACGCUGAGCGUGUUUCUUUUAGCUUUUAA